CUAGUUGCAGUGAGUCAGAAACCAGACCAGCAAAAGCUUGAACAAGUAAACAAGCAGAAGAAAUAGAAACAGAGGAAAACCAUGGAUGCUCUCCAUGACUCUGGGGCUCAGGUGGUCCAAUAUCUCCAAGUGAACUACAAGAGUUCCCAAGACUGGUUCAUGUUUGUCUCCUUUGCAGCUGAUCUCCGAAACACUUUCUUCAUCUUUUUCCCAAUUUGGUUUCACUUGUGUGAGUCAGUUGGCAUCAAACUCAUCUGGGUAGCUGUGAUUGGGGACUGGCUCAACCUUGUCUUCAAGUGGAUUCUCUUUGGAGAGAGGCCAUACUGGUGGGUCCACGACACUGACUUUUAUAACAACAAAUCUGCACCUGUCAUAGAACAGUUUCCUGUCACAUGUGAGACUGGCCCAGGAAGUCCAUCUGGACAUGCAAUGGGAUCUGCGGGAGUCUACUAUGUUAUGGUGACAUCGUUAAUUACAAUUUUCCUUAAAAAGCAGCAUGAUCUAACUUUCAAGAACAGGUGUGUUCAAGCUUUUCUUUGGACAGGAUUUUGGGCAGUCCAGGCCUGCGUGUGUUUGUCAAGAAUCUUUCUUGCUGCUCAUUUUCCUCAUCAAGUCAUUUCUGGAGUUAUCUCAGGCAUGAUAGUGGCUGAAACUUUUGAUCAUAUCCAAUCCAUCUACAAGGCCAGUCUUAAGAGAUACAUACAUACUACUCUCUUCCUGUUCUCGUUCGCACUUGGAUUUUACCUGCUCUUGAAAUCUGUGGGUGUGGAUCUACUUUGGACAUUGGAAAAAGCCAAGAAAUGGUGUGCUCAACCUGAAUGGAUCCACAUUGACACAACUCCCUUUGCAGGACUUUUAAGAAAUCUAGGUAUCUUAGUUGGCCUUGGUUUAGCCCUGAAUUCACAAAUGUACAAGGAUAGUUGUCAGGGCAAACAUUCAAAACGAUUCAUUUUCCGCCUCUAUUGUACAAUAGCAUCUCUUAUUGUUCUCCAUAUUUUUGACAGCUUCAAGCCACCAACCAAAGUUGAAAUGCUAUUCUAUUUUCUGUCUUUCUGUAAAAGUGCUGCUGUUCCACUGACAUGUGUAGCAAUUGUACCAUAUUGUAUUUUUCAAGUUGUGAGCAGAAAUGAGAAGAUUCUAUAAGAGCUAGAUAAAUUAAUUUUGUUUACAUUCUACAAGUUUUGCUACUUAUUGGAGUAUAGGACGACAAGUCAUAUCAAGGACGCAUUUUUGGACUGUCGUUUUCUAAGGCUUCAGUUGGAGAACUUUUCUAAGAUAAUGAACAAUCACUCCACAACAGAGACUGAAAAAAAUGCAUCAGCUGUAAGCCUGCUCAUGAACGUUACAGACAUCUAGAGACCAAUAUGAAAUUCUGUUAGAAAUUUAGAGGCAAAUGAAAGCCCUAUAGAAGAAUUAGUCUGAACUUCAGACAAAUACAGUAUUUACGAGGCUGGCAUGAAAAAGUUAAAGUUGGAAAAAAAUAUAUAAAACUGUAAAUUGUCAGUAUGAGUUUAUAUUAGGAAGGUUGUGAUACAGAGCAGCCCCAUAUUUACAAUAAAGGUGCUUAGGAUAAAACACAUAUAUUGUGUUGUGCAAAUAUGUACCUUCUGGUUGAGUGCAUAUAAAAAAUGAAUGAGAAAUAAGUUAUAUUCUUCAGUCAAAACUAAAUUCUCCUGUUCUAUUUAGUGAUGAAAAAUGAAAUAUGGCCUGUUAGAAUGUUUUUUAAACUUUAUAAUAAUGUUUUUCAGUAUUUUCAAUUGUUCAUUAAAAUGUUGUGUUUGUUUUCUAAAAAAAUAAAAAAAAAAUACUAUA